AUGGCUGCCCACCCAGAGGAAACUUGCAAUCAGAGUAAGAGCCAAAGUCUCCCCAUGUCUUCCAUCCGAUUCAUCUGCCAGGGCUGCAGGCAGCCCAUGAAGUUGGAUCAGUUUAUGGGGACCUUGGAUCCUGAGACCACCCAAGAAUCUGCAGCUUCCACAUUCACCUCAGCUCAACAGGAGCCAGGAGAAACCCUGGAGCAUGGCCCUCCUGCCAGGUCAGAGACAGACAGUAAAAAGCUGCAGGAUGGUGCCUCCUGUUCUACGCACCGUGGUGAUGACAAGAUGCCAAGGGACAGUUCUAACAAGUUCAUCUUGCUUGGAAAGUUUGACUCUGGAAGAACACUCACUAACAUCCAGAAGACUAUUAGGGACAUUUUUGACAUCCUCACUGGUGAAAAAGAUAUGGACCACCCACUUUGUGAGGACUGUACUGACAAACUUUUAGAGGAGAUAGACACCCACCUCAUUAUUGUAGAAUCCGAGAACCAGAGCUACAAAUAUUGGAUGGGGAGGAUACAUGAGGAGGAGACAAAGACCCUGCAGGAGGAGCUGGAGGGCCUGGAGCUGGAGGAGGCGAGGCUGGUCCAGGAGCUAAAGGAGGUGGAGAAGAACCAAGAAAGAAUAGCAGAAGAUCUUGAGGCAGCCCGGGCAGAGACCAAGAUGCUGGACCAGCAGGACGAGCAGUACUGGAGGGACUACAGUUACUUGCAGUGGCAGCAACUGGAACUGCAGGACGAGCUGGAGAGCAUGAAGAACCAGCUGAGACAUGCCCAGAUCCAGUGGGGUCGGCUGAAGAAGACCAGUGUCUUCAGUGCCACCUUUGAGAUCAGGCAUGAUGGUCCUGUGGGCAUCAUCAACAACUUCAGAUUGGGCUGCCUUCCCACCACCCCUGUGAGCUGGAAGGAGAUUAACAUGGCCUGGGGCCAGACAGCCUUGCUGCUCCUUGCCCUGUCCAAUAAGAUUGGGCUGGAGUUUCAGAGGAUUCAUGUGGAGAGUGGCCUAAUGGAAGACUCUGGAAGCAGUGGUGAGUUCUAUUCAAUCAAGACCCACUUGAACUCAGAGGAGCAAUGGACAAAGGCACUCAAGCUCAUGCUUAUAAAUUUUAAAUGUAGUCUCGCUUGGGUCUCUUUAAGAUGCCAAGAAUAG